UGUCAUGUUUUAAAUCCUUAAUCGUGUAUUUUUUUUUUUUCGUCGCCGAGGAACGUCUCUCGUGCGAAUAAAUAGCUGUUAGCUUGUGCUGCUUGCAUUAAUUUGUGGAUAUUCAUCAGUGCCAAUAUAUGUGCGCUUUGUGCACUGGUACAUGCUAACUCACCCGGAUAUGACGCAGGAAGCGGACGCCACCCUGACCGAGGUGGACUUCGUGUUCAAGGACCCGGCCAAGCAGCGCCGCGUAGUGGCCGGUGAGGCGCGCAUGAACGAUACCGUGGAGGAAAUCUCGCAGGAGGCCGAGCCAAUGUUCGCCGUCGACACGGAGGGAAACGUCCAAAAGAUUGUCAUGGUCGUCGAUCGAGACGAGGGCCAAGAACCUGCAGACCUGGAGGCAAAACUUGCGGAGAACCCGCAGAUGCGUCGAGAGCAGGUGUCCGAGGCGUUGCGCUCAUUUGGUAUUGACCUGCAGAAGAUGGGACUGAAGCUUGAGCUCCAGGAUACCACCAUGGAUGGAAAGUCCUUGAAGACGGCGGACUACCGAAGCGCGUCUACGAAUGUUUCCGUUACGAAGGACAUGUUGCCGGCGGACGGCGAAAAUCGGAUCACCGAUACCCAUUUAAGCUUGGUCACCCAGGAAAGCGAGCCCGUUGGAAAAAGCGAAGGACGCAGAAGAGAGAGCGACAGAAGCAAGGUCAGCGGAAUGCUCGAAGACAACGGGAAAAAAAGCUCUGGACCUAAGACCAAGGCUAACCAGAAACAUAGAGCGAGCAAGAAGGAAGACCUCACCGACAAUAGUAGGGGCAGCGACGACGAAACAAGCUAGUAAGCAAGGAUUGGGCGUUUAUACAUAAGGAGGCAUAGUAGUAAAAUGCCACGUUUUAGUUCGGCUCGGUAUAAAGUAAUAUUUGUUAAAGGGUGGUUGUUUUCCUUAUUGACGAAUUUGAAAGGUCAAGGCCAGCUUUCUUGAGGGAUUCGGAAGGC